AUGGCCAAAUAUAAGCUUCUAGCUUGUGGAUCCAAUGGGAGUUACCAACUAGGCACAGGCAAUGACACGGACCAGAAUACAUUGGUCGAGUGUGUAUUCGUUCUUGACGGAGUUCAAACUUCAAUACUACCCAUAAAACCAAGCAAAAUUUCCUGUGGAGGAAACCAUACUUUAGUGCUAUUGCAAAACGGGGAUGUCUACAGUUGUGGAGAGAAUGUGUACGGACAGUGUGGACAUGAUCCGUCUGAUAGUAUUCCUUUUUUCACCAAGAUUGAUGGUUCGGACUGGGUCAAUAUCGCAUGUGGUUGGGAGAACUCCACUUUGAUCAACAGAAAAGGAGAGAUAUUCGUCUGCGGAUUGGGAAAUAAGGGCGAAUUGGGCUUAGGAAAGGCUUUACGGCGCUCAAAGCUAACGAAAUUAUCGUUUUCUAUUCCUACCGAUGAAGACCUUGCGAAGGUAGAGGUCAAAUCGUCGCUCAAUCAUACAGUGAUCAAGUUGGAGAAUAGUUGGAUCGGCUGGGGAAAUUCCAGAAAAGGUCAACUAGGAACUACAGAAGUAGUCAAUGGGAAACCUGAGGGUGUUAUAUGGAAACCAAGAAGAUUAGAAUUCGGAGAAAUAGCGAAAGAUGCUUCAUAUUUCGAUGUUGGAAGAGAGUUCACAGCUAUAGGAAGCAAAAAUAGUAUACAAACGUUUGGAAAACUACAGGUAGAAACUCCCUUGGAUUCAGGGACUGAAAUUCUUGUUCAGAUAAGAACCAUGUGGUCAUCUGUGCAUUUGCUAGUUAAAGCCUCAGAAAGUGGCCAACUCGUAGUACGUUCUUAUGGAAACAAUAGCCAUGGCCAAUUGUAUCCUGUGAAUUCAGAUAUUUCUAUCGAAGCAUUCACCGUAGGAAGUGAACAUGGUCUCAUACUAGGCAAUGACAAUAAGGUCUACUCGUGGGGAUGGGGAGAGCAUGGCAAUUGUGGAGUUCAGAAAAAGCAAGAGGCAGAAGAUGUGACAUUUGACUACUUGAAUGUUGUGUACAACAAUACAGCGAGAAUCAGGUCCAUCUGGGGAGGAUGUGCUACGAGCUGGCUCGUGGUGGAGACAGUUGGUUGUACUACAGAGACAUAG